UCUCUCUCUCUCUCUCCCCGUCCUAAGUUUUGGUCUCCUUCCUCCUUCAAUCUCUUCUUGCAAUCUCACGGCCACAUCCUACAUCUCGAAUUGUUCGGGCCGCGCCGAGGUCCAUCACACGCUCGCUCCUCCUCAUUGCGGAUAUCCGUCGGGUCUCCGCCAUGGAAGAUGAAUAGGAUAAUCCACACAUCCACGUUGAAGCUCCGAGAGUUACAGCGCCGCCGCCACCACACCCGACUCCGCCUCCGCCCCUCUGACACAGCCGCUGCAGCCGCCUCGUCCCUCCACACCCUAUGGCACUACAAGAUCCUCGAGCCCGACAGCGACAUUGUCAUCCUCUGGAACCACAUCUUCCUCUUGACCUGCCUCGUCGCCCUAUUCAUCGACCCGCUCUACUUCUUCCUGCCGGUUAUAGGCGGGCCCGCAUGCCUCAAGACCGACACCCACCUCAAGAUCCUUGUCACGGUCUUCCGCACCAUUACCGACCUCUUCUACCUCCUCCAUAUGAUCAUGAAGUUCCGGACAGCCUUCAUUGCACCUAACUCCAGGGUUUUCGGGCGGGGCGAGCUGGUCAUGGAUGCAAAGGAGAUCGCCCACCGUUAUAUGAGGUCCGAUUUCGUGAUCGAUCUUGCUGCAACACUUCCAUUGCCACAGAUUGUUAACUGGCUAGUGAUUCCUGCGACGAAAAGCUCGAGAGCAGAUCAAUCAAACAACACGCUAGCUUUAAUCGUUCUUAUCCAGUACAUUCCGAGGAUGUUUCUCAUCUUCCCGCUGCAUCAGAAGAUCGUGAAGAACACUGGGGUCUUUGCCAAGACAGCUUGGACAGGAGCUGCUUACAAUCUAGUCCUCUACAUGCUUGCGAGCCAUGUAUUCGGAGCUUCUUGGUACGUUCUAUCAAUUGGGCGCCAGUUCAAGUGCUGGAAAACAGAGUGUGACAAGGAGAAUGUCAUAUCUUGCCUUCCCAGUUUCUUGGACUGUGACACGAUGAAUCAGCCAGAACGGCAGUACUGGUUGAACCUCACUCACGUUCUCGAGAACUGUGACCCUCGGAAUAAAGCCAUCAAGUUCAAGUUCGGAAUGUUUGAGGACGCUUUUACUAAUCAAGUUGCCUCGUCUCGAUUCAUUGUGAAAUACUUGUACUGUCUCUGGUGGGGAUUAAAGAACCUAAGCUCAUAUGGACAAAACUUGGACACAACAAUAUAUCUCGGGGAGACGUUAUUCGCGAUCUUCAUAUGCAUUAUGGGCUUGAUUCUGUUCUCGCUCUUAAUCGGCAACAUGCAGACCUACUUGCAAUCUAUAAUGGUGAGGGUGGAAGAGUGGAGGGUGAAGAGAAAAGAUAUGGAGGAGUGGAUGAGGCACAGGCAGUUGCCUCCGGCUUUACAGGAGCGAGUUCGUCGAUUUGUCCAGUACAAAUGGCUCACCACGAGAGGAGUUAACGAAGAGUCAAUUCUCGAAUUGUUGCCCCUGGACCUCCGCAGGGAGAUUCAGCGGCAUCUCUGCCUCGACCUUGUUCGGCGCGUCCCCUUUUUCUCGCAAAUGGAUGACCAGCUCCUCGAUGCGAUCUGUGGCCGCCUGGUCUCGUCUCUGAGCACCCAAGGCACAUACAUCAUGCGGGAAGGCGACCCAGUGAACGAGAUGUUGUUCAUUAUCAGGGGUCACCUAGAGAGCUCCACAACGGAUGGGGGGAGGUCGGGUUUCUUCAACUCGAUCAUCCUGAGGCCUGGCGACUUCUGUGGUGAGGAGCUGCUCACGUGGGCCCUGAUGCCAAACCCCAGCCUGAACCUGCCCUCCUCGACAAUGACAGUGAGGGCCCUAUCCGAGGUCGAGGCCUUCGCCCUCAGAGCCGAGGACCUCAAGUAUGUCGCUAACCAGUUCAAGAGGCUCCAUAGCAAGAAGCUUCAGCAUGCCUUUAGGUACUACUCUCAUCAAUGGAGGACAUGGGCUGCUUGCUUCAUACAAGCUGCUUGGAGAAGGUUUGUGAAGAGGAAGCUGGUCAAGGAAUUGACCCGACAGGAGAGCUUGUAUUACGGUGGAAACCCGAACGGGAACGGCAGUUACUAUAUCUAUGACGAGGGUUUGCCCGAUGGAAGGUACGAGGACGCGGUGACUGGCGAUGGUUUAUCAUCAGAAGAUAACACGAACUAUGCACAGCAACUUGGAGCCACAAUCUUGGCCUCCAAGUUCGCAGCAAACACGAAGAAAGGAAUAAUCGAGAAGGUUCAGACGAUCAAUGCUGCUGCCUCAAGCCUGAGGAUGCCAAAGCUGUUCAAACCAGAUGAGCCCGAUUUCACCGCAGCUCACCCAGAUGAUGAUGAUGUUUAAAUGACUAUGAGCCGAUGACUGAAUGAGAACAGAGAUAGCAGGAUAAUGAAGUAGAGACUAGUUAGAAUUCUCUUACGGUUAUCAAGUAGAUAGGCCAAAUUUAUCAGUAAAAACUCGGGAUUAACGAAAUUCUUAUCGAAAGU